AUGGAGGCACCCAGUACAGCAUUGCACGAACAGGAAACACGUAAGACUCGACGAAGACGCAUACUGGUUGCGAUCGCAGCCUUCCUUGUGGUUGCCAUAGUCGUCAUCGUAGUAGCUGUGAUCUUCUCCAACAAACGACAACAUGGUCUAGAAUCAACGAUCCUGGUCCCUUUGUACAUCUAUCCAGACAACGGCUCUUGGAAUAGCCUUUACAAAGCCAUCGGUUCAAGACCGAAUCUCAACUUCACCGCGAUCAUCAACCCAUCGAGUGGCCCAGGAAAUGCAUCAACUCCCGGGGCCGACUACGUGGCUGCGAUUCAGAAGCUGAACAGCUUCUCGAAUGUACAGUCAGUGGGUUAUGUGCCCACUUCUCUCGCCACUCGCCCUGUCGAUGAGGUCCUCGCCGACAUAUCCGUCUAUGCUGGAUGGUGCCAUACAACAAACCUGAGCAUGCACGGUAUCUUCUUCGAUGAGAUGCCUGUGAACUACUCAGCGGCUACUGCCGACUAUGUUGGGCAGAUCGAUGUCGCAGUGAAGAUUUCGGAAGGCAUUUCCAGCCCAAGACUCGUUGUGCACAACCCAGGCGCUGUGCCAGAUCCUCGCUUAGUGCUGGAGACGACGGAUGUGACAAUCAGCUUUGAAGGAGACUACAACACCUUCGUCCAGCAACAAGCUACACUGUCGAGUCUGCCGCAGCCUAGAUCUCGCUACGGCGUCGUCGUACAUUCGACGCCACUCUCCGCCAAGCUGGACAAGUUGGUGGACGAGAUGAGCCACGUUGCUCAGUCGCUCUUUCUGACUGACUUGGAUGAGAAUGCAUAUGCAGACUUCGGCUCGACUUGGAUCAGCUUUGUGCGCGCAGUACGAGCGUGA